AUGUACGCUAUCAAGAGGCGGACAAAAAUCGAUAUGGUAGAGACGCGAACGAUAGGUACGACAAUCGACGCGGCUCGCGAGACUGCUCACGCGACCGAGACCUGGACAGACGUGAGGAAGAGAUACGACAUUGCAUACGGACGCAGCGAGUACGACGUAAGAAACCGUAGAAAUAUACGCGGAAGACACAUGACACUAAAGGAAGCAAGGAAACUUAUACCCACUUUCCACGGCAAGUCACAGCGCGAACUCAAUGAAUUCCUAGAUGCAUGCACGUACGUUAUCAGUCAUAUAGACAGACGCGACGAAGACAGUCUAGUUUGGAGCAUCCUUAGCACAAAAGUCAAGGGAAAGGCUUGGCUUGAUUGCAAAACGCGAGAUAUACGUACUUACGAGGAGUUAAAAAGACAAUUAGAAUCAACAUAUCAAAGCAAGCACAUGACUACUCAUUUACAAAUUGAGUUUAAUUCCCUUAAACAAAAAACAAACGAAGACUCACAAGCCUUCGGAAUUCGCGUCGAGACUAUUGCGAUGGAGCUCUAUGAGUCAAUGAUCGAGGGACGAGCGCGCUCCACGACGGAAAAACGCGUUAUUCUUGAGACGAUACAAGGUCAGGCGUUGCAUAACUUCCAGACAGGACUACGCGAGGAAAUACAAACCAUCGUUAGGUCACGGGAUUAUCGUACAUUGAAGGAAGCUAUUAACGCAGCAAUAACGGAAGAAAAGGUCAGGAACGCCAAUGCGACCCGAUCGACUAAAAAUAACCGCCGGGAUAUAAAGUUGUCAUCGCGAGAUAUCGAAAAAAUUACUUGUUACAAAUGUGGAAAACCAAACUACAUCGGGCGAGAAUGCCGUAGUAGUAAAUACGUGCUUCCGAAACCGGAGAAGUCAGAUCGCGUAACUACAGUAGAAAAAUUUUGCAACUAUUGCAAAAAGCGUGGGCAUAAUCGCGACGAGUGCUGGACUUUAAAUAGACGGACAAAAACGACAUCAAGUCACGAUAAAACAAACGGUGAUAAAAAAUCGCGUAACGUUAAUGAAACCGAAAGUCGUAAGAAGCCGAAAACGAGAAACAGUGAUACGGAUUUCGAGCGAAGCAGCGACGAGGACGAGCAAAACAGCGACGAGGACGAGCGACACGGGGAAAAGAAUAAGACGACACGCGCGCUGGAUUAUCAGGUGACGCAUGUGCGCUCGACGUUUUGCGAGAAGGCACGCUUAAAUUUGAUAACCCUACCGAUACGAGAAGUAAAAACCGGCAAGAUUAAUAUGCUUUACGAUACCGGUGCUACUGUUUCUUUAAUAAAGGCCAAACAUUUAAAAAGCAAAACCGAAAUCCAUAAAGACAAAAUCACUUUGAUCAGCAUAACCGGGCACAAGGCGCGAACAAUAGGAAAAUUUUUCGCGACCAUCGAUCUGGACGACCGAAAAAUCAAACACGCGAUCUACGUCGUGAAAGACGAUUUCCCGAUGGAGUAUGACGGGAUUAUAGGAAUAGAUUUCUUGCAGAAACAAAAAGUUUCUUGCGAUUAUAGGAAACAGGAGCUGUAA